CAUCGCUCCUCUCCCCUCUGGCUUUGUGAGCCGUUCAUCCAGCAGCACAGAAACGAGAGCUCGGGCUCCGAAAAGAAUCCUGUGGAUGUAUUUAACAAGUUGGAUACAACUGUCCUACUACUUGGAACUUUUCUUGCACACCAUGGAGUGACUUCAUUCCUAGGAUUACAUGAGUAUUCUGUGCCUGCAGUCACACUGCGUGGAGGGAAGGUUUAAGUUAUGGACAUUCAAAACUCAGCAGAGACUUGGAAAUGGCAAGCAAAGUGCUUCUUCUUCCUUUGUAGCUGGGGCUGGGUCUCCGGGCAGCUUCGCUAUUCAACUGUCGAGGAGUCUGAUCCAGGGACAGUGGUGGGAAAUGUAGCUCAGGAUUUGGGGUUGAAAAUCACUGAUCUAUCUAAGCGGAGGCUAAGGAUGGGAUCAGAGGGAAGCAGAAAAUACUUUGCUGUGAACUGGGAAAAUGGAGCUCUGGUUGUAAAUGAGAAAAUAGACAGAGAGAGCCUGUGUGGAUCCAGCACAAGCUGCUUGCUGCCUGUGGAAGUAGUUACAGAAAAUCCUCUACAGCUGCAUCGUGUCAGUGUGGAGGUUCUGGAUAUAAAUGAUAACUCUCCUUUGUUUUCCAAUGCUGAAAGAACUAUACGGAUCACUGAGGUGUUAGCGAACCCUGGGGCUAGGUUUGCCCUGGAAAGUGCGCACGAUUUAGACGUGGGAGCUAAUGGAAUUAAACAGUACAGACUAGAACCAAGUCCCUAUUUCUCACUGUCUGUAAAGAGCCGGAAAGAUGGGACUCUCAUCCCUGAGCUGGUGCUAGAGAGGAUUUUAGACAGAGAAGAGGCAGACAAGCAUCACCUCAUUCUCACCGCUGUGGAUGGAGGCGACCCACCGAGAUCCGGAACUUCCCAAAUAAUUGUCAUUGUUAUGGACUUAAAUGACAACGCACCAACAUUUGAUAAGGGAUCAUAUAAAGCUACUUUAAAGGAAAAUGCUCCUGUUAACACUGUCCUGUUACAACUCAAUGCCACAGAUCUAGACGAGGGGGCCAAUGGUGAAAUAGAAUAUUCGUUUGAUGAGCACACUUCAGAUUCUGUUAAAAGAUUAUUUGCCUUAAACCCAAACACAGGUGUUAUAUCUGUUAUUGGCCCUAUAGAUCAUGAGGAAUCAAGAUCAUUUGAGCUAUCCAUCAGAGCUAGGGACAAGGGAGUACCUGAAAUGGAAGGGAACUGUAUUAUUCAGGUAGAAGUCGAUGACGUCAAUGAUAAUGCUCCAGAGAUCCUGCUAACCUUCUUAAUGACAGACGUACCAGAAGACGCAGUUGUUGGAACUGUUGUUGGGCUUUUCAGCAUAAAAGACAAAGAUUCUGGACAAAAUGGGGAGGUAAGGCUGGAGCUGCCAUCUAAUUUGCCUUUUAAGUUCAAAUCGUCGGAGGGUCACUACUCCUUAAUCACUGAUGGUACUCUGGACAGGGAAAUAACAUCUCAGUAUGUAAUUGAGCUUAUUGCCAGUGAUAUGGGCUCUCCUCCUCUAAGGACGCAGCAAUCAAUCACCUUGAAAAUUUCAGAUGUCAAUGAUAACCAGCCCACAUUUGCGCAAUCUGUUUACAGCGUCAGCGUACAAGAAAAUAACAAACCUGGACAAUUACUUGUGGAGAUAUCUGCUUCUGAUCCGGAUGAGGGUGAGAACUCCAAUUUAGUGUACUCAAUCCUCGACAGCCAGGUCGAAGGUUCCUCCAUAUCCUCCUUUGUAUAUAUCAAUUCAAAAGAUGGAAAUAUUUACGCUCAGCGUUCCUUUGACUUUGAACAGAUCCAGGUAUUACAAGUGCCAAUAAAAGUUGAAGACUCUGGAUCUCCAAAACAGUUUUCCAAUACAACUGUUUUUAUCUUUAUUGUGGAUACAAAUGACAACUCUCCAUCAAUAUUUUACCCUGAGCACUCCAGUGAGUUCAUUGCCCAGCAGAGGAUUCCCAAGACCGCUCCAAGUGGUUACUUUGUUACCAAAGUAACAGCGGUGGACCUAGACUCUGGUCAUAAUGCCUGGUUGUCUUAUAACAUUGUUAAAGCCACUGACUCAUCUUUAUUUUAUAUGUCUUCCCAAACGGGAGAGAUCAGGACUGCUCGUAGUUUUCUGGAAAAUGAAAAUCUAGAGCAAAGUUUACUGAUUUCAGUUACAGACCAUGGGGAACCCCCUUUGUCUGCCACAGUCACCAUCAUUAUCACAUUGGAAGAUGCUACAGUUCAGGAAAACAUGAAGUCCCCGGAUUUAUUUCAUAGCUCAGCGAACAGCUCUGAUAUCACAAUGUACUUAAUAAUUUCUCUUGUGGCCAUAAGCUUGGUGUCAUUUAUUACUUUCACAAUAUUGCUUAUAAAAUGCCUCAAAAAGGAUAUCGGAGGAUCUGGAUGGUGUUGCAAAAAUAGGUCUGAAUCGAGUCAAUACACGGGGCAGUAUCAGCCCACUCUACAUCUGAACACGGAUGGCACACUGAAGUACAUGGAAGUCAGAAUGGGCCCAACAGAUCUCCAGGGUCAGUGUUACAAGUCCUGUGUUUCCACCAUGUCCGAUAAAAAUGAUUUCACCUUCAUGAGACCUUUAAAUUUCCCUCAGUUGAAAAACAUGGUCAGUGAGACAGAGGUUUUAUUCCCUACUUUGAAAGCUCCCGGCCAGCAGGCACAACCAAACACAGAAUGGCGUUUCUCACAGGCUCAAAGACCUGGACCCAGUGGAGCACAGCCCGCAGAGGAAGCUGGAGUGUGGCCAAACAACCAGUUUGAGACCGAGAGACUUCAGGCAAUGAUCCUGGCAUCCGCAAAUGAGGCCGCUGAGGGAACAUCAGGACUCGGGGGAGGAACAGGAACCAUGGGCCUUAGUGCCCGCUACGGGCCACAGUUCACCCUGCAGCACGUUCCUGACUACAGGCAAAAUGUCUACAUACCAGGAAGUACACUGACACCCACCAAUGCUGGAGGAAAACGUGACGGAAAAGGCGGAGGAAACAAGAAGAAAUCGGGGAAGAAGGAGAAGAAAUAAACCACUUUUACUAAAGAGUUGCGUACACCAACAGGGCAGAAUUAUUUGAGCGCUUCCCCCAUGUAAAAAAAAAAAUGAUUAUAUACUAGGGCGAAGUUGAAUGCCAUCUUUGGAUAGAUAUAUACAUGAGAUAAUAAAUGGCGAGAAUGUGUCAUCAUUAGCGCUUGCAGCAGAAGCGUCCCCCCCAGCAGCUGAUUUUUCUGCUUGCAGCCCUCAUGAUGAAAACAUUAUUUCAAACCUCUGAAACAAGUGCCCUGUCAAUAUUAGCUAGCGUUUUGUACUAGUGCCAGGUAAUUUCAUAGCUAAUGAUAUGCACUCUUUUUACAAUCUCUUUAAAUUUAAUUUGCUCCCACUUGCAGACCUUGUGGAACUUUCUCCAUUGUAUAUAAUGCCAGCAAAGCAGUUAUUUAUAAUUUAUAAACACUUUCAGGUAUUCCAGGGAGAUUCUUGGCUUCUUACCACCUUUGCAUUUUUUUAAAAGACUAGCGGCAGUGAUCGGGAAAAAAAAAAAAACACUGUCUGAAUUUUUUUACUCAUCUAAGUAGUAAAAUAUAUUCCAAAAACAAUAAUAAAACAAAAGAUAUAUAAAUUCAAAGAAUAUCAUACAUUAAAAUAAAAGGCACGCUAGCCAUACAAAUGAUAAAGUGAUUCUAAAAACUGAAUAAUAAGAACUUACACCUGGUGAGGGCAGCCAUACUGUGGGUGGAACUUCAUGAGAAAAUGUAGGCUGUUAGCUUAAUAUGUAAAAAAAAAUAUAUAUAUAUAUAUAUAUGUAGUGAUUGUAAAACUACUACUUAUAGAGAGUGUCAAUGGUCUUGUGCAGUACUUAUUUUAUUACUGUACUUAUUGAUGUUUUGGUUUAUUUUCUAAAAGGAAAAAAAAAGUUGGAAAUAUUAAGUUCCCCCCAUUAUGAUUCAUAUAAUUUAAUGUACAUGGAGCACGGAUGAAUUUCACUUGUGUCUCACUCCGUCAGAGUGGCAAGUGGGGUUCUUUACACUUCCGCACACGGUAAUGCAUGUCUACUUUUCACAUGGUGUCUGCAAUUCCACCAGACGUGGGGACUUUGUUGCAUGUAACCAGCAUGGGGCAAUUCAUUCUAUAUAUAGAAUGGGUAAAGCAAAACCUGUUUUAAGGCAGGACUAAACUUCAUGGGUUAAAAAAAUCAUGAUGUGUCUUGUUAGUGGGGGAGGAGACUCAGACACGCCUGCCAAGAGUAUCAGCAAUCGUUAUGGCUUGUACAUAUAUUCAAAUUAUUCUUCAUUUUAUUUACAUGAAUAGAUAAAAGAAUUAUGCUAACUUUUCUUCUUCGUUGGUAGCAAUGUAUGUUUUGAGCCUGCUGCAUUAUAAAUCAUGAAUAUCUGAAAAAAAGAAUAAAAAAAAUUAAGUGUAAGUAAACACUAUUGAAAAUACAGUAGUCGUUGUUAAGGUGUCUUGGCGUCUUGAUGGAAUAAAUGGUGAAUCAUGUUUAGAGACCACUUAAACAAAAAAAACACACAGAAGCUUGUGAACAAUGCACAAUGGAUAAAAACAUUUCUACAAUGUAUUUAAUUUUGUACAGUCACAAACUAAGCUUAAAGGCGCUGAAGGAGAAACACUAUUUUUCAGAAAAAGUAUUGUUUAGUUUUUGUUUUUUUCCUUGUCCGGUAUUACAUAUGGUAGACCUUUAGCCUUUGUGGCCUAGUACUAUUCCUUUGAGGGUUUUUUUUAUGUCUAACCAUUAUAGGGGGGGGGUUUCAAGCUGCUUGUUUGUUAAAACUCAAGGGAAAACAUAUGUUUUUUUUAAUACCACGGCACAAUAUGUACUCUUCUGUCUUGUACUCCCUGGCAAACAGUCAGAAUCAAGCCGCCAAUAUUCUAGUGGAAUUUAGAGUUUGAAUGAUUGUUAUGGGUUCCAGCCAGUUUGUGUUCAUUGUACCAUGUGACUAACGUGUACUAGUCACCUACUGGAGGUAGUCAUUUUGUGUAAUGAACCAAUAUUCAGCCUACUCAUUCACUGGGAAAUAGUGACCUCACAGAGAGGUAUAAGACACAAACCUGCCUAAUGCCUUGGUGAUGCCUAGCUACUAGAGGUUUUAUUUGCUGCAUUUUCAAGAAUAUCAGUUCAGCUGACAAAAUGGCUGCCCCUAAGAUGUUGAGGCGACAAACACUCAUUCAGUAAAAGAAGAUGAGUACGAUUAUGGGCACAUGAGGGAGGUUUUCCGAUUUCUUUUUGAACCACUGAUGUUUAUGUUGCUUCUCUUCUGAUAGUAAUUCUCUUUCAAUGCAAAGAGACUGUUUUGGUCUAAAACCUACUCACUAAGCCAACACAACACUAAUAACACAUAUAUAUUUCACUUUGCCAUAACUCUCUGUCCUGACUUCCUGUCAAAAAUUUCAGUAUGGAGCUAGAUUUUUGGGGAAGUACACUUUUUCACCGCCCGCUCUUUAAUUCGCUUGUAAUAGUAACCACUCCCACUGCUUGUAUUACUAAUAAAUAAGGACGUCAUGUGAGUUGUUUAGCAGUAGAUUACAUUUUUGCUAUAUUUUUCUUUUGAACAAACAGAAGGUUAUGUCAUAGUAGAGAUGCUAUUGUCUUGUGAGAAUUAAGUGCUUAUUUCACCCCUGUAGCUAACUUGUGGAUAGCAGUAUUUUAAUAUUCUACUAUCUUUCCGUGUGGUUUGUGAUAUCAAUGUACAUGAGUUGAAAAUGCAUCUGUCCUUUUUAAUGUGUCUAAUACUGAAUUAUACCUACAUAUUAUAUAAAUAUAUAUAUGCUUAUUUCCCUCCCUGUAUCCAUAUAGGCCCAUGUCAUUGUAUUACAUGCAAGUUUUAUACUCUGUUUUUUAUAUUGCUUUCUUUCUUUGGGAAAAAAAAAUAAAUAAAAUGUUUUCUUCAACA